CGGCGCCGCGCGCCUGUCCGGGGAAGGUACGAGAGUCUCUCACGCGGACCCGGUUUCUUAGCAUAGCAAUGGAGACUACAGUGCUGAAUAUUCGGAAUCUUUUUGACCAACUCAUGCGCCAAGCAGAAAUUCUGAAUGAAGGCAAUGAACUCCAAUUUAUCCAGCUGGCCAAGAACUUUGAAGAAUUCAGGAGAAAGUGGCAGAAAAUGGAUCAUGAGGUGGCCAGGUACAAAGACCUUCUGAUGAAAACAGAAACUGAGCGUAGUGCCCUGGAUGUGAAGCUGAAACAUGCGCGAAACCAAGUGGAUGUGGAGAUCAAACGAAGGCAGAGAGCUGAAGCAGAAUGUGAAAAACUGGAGCGACAGAUCCAGUUGAUCAGAGAGCUUCUCAUGUGUGAUUCAUCAGGCAGUAUUCAACUGAGUGAAGAACAGAAGUCUGCAUUGGCUUUCCUAAACAGGCCUCAAACUUCCAUUGGGGGGAACAAAAGACUGUCAACAAUAGAUGAAUCUGGUUCAAAUUUAUCCGACAUCAGUUUUGACAAGACCGAUGAAUCACUGGAUUGGGAUUCCACAUUGGUAAAGACUCGCAGAUUGAAGAAAAGAGAGAAAAGGCGCUCAUCCAGACAGUUUAUAGAAGGCCCACCUGGUCCUUUAAAGAAAACGCGUUCCAUUGGCUCUACUGCAGACCAAGGAAAUGAAUCGAUAGUUGCAAAAACAACCCUCAUGGUACCUAAUGAUGGAGGCCCUAUUGAAGCAAUCUCCACCAUUGAAACUAUACCUUGCUACGUUGGAAACCGCAGAAAGGCAGGCAUUCUACAGCCUUGGAACAGUGACUCAAGCUUGGGAAGCAGAAAGCUGGGAAGCAGAUCUGAAACAGACGGAUUAAGCACUCCAGGGAGCGCUGGGAUCAAACUCCAUGAAUUUGUAUCAAAAACGGUUAUUAAACCUGAGUCAUGCGUUCCAUGUGGCAAACGGAUCAAGUUUGGGAAGAUGUCCCUGAAGUGCAGAGACUGUCGGGUUGUGACACACCCAGAAUGCCGAGAUCGCUGCCCCCUGCCCUGCAUCCCUACCUUAGCAGGAACCCCUGUCAGAAUCGGAGAGGGAACCCUUGCGGAUUUUGUAUCUCUGACUCCUCCAAUGAUUCCUUCCAUUGUUGUUCACUGUGUGAAUGAGAUUGAGCAGCGAGGGCUGCAUGAGACAGGCCUCUACCGAAUUUCUGGCUGUGACCGCACAGUGAAGGACCUGAAGGAGAAGUUCCUUCGAGGGAAAACUGUGCCCCUUCUUAGCAAGGUGGAAGAUAUCCAUGCUGUAUGUAGCCUGCUUAAAGACUUCUUCCGCAACUUGAAGGAGCCCCUUCUCACCUUCCGUUUAAACAAGACCUUUAUGGAGGCAGCAGAAAUUGUGGAUGAGGACAAUAGCGUGGCAGCCAUGUAUCAAACUCUGACGGAGCUCCCCCAGGCUAACAGGGACACCCUGGCUUUCCUCAUGAUACACCUGCAGAGAGUGGCUCAGAGUCCAGAUACCAAAAUGGAUGUUACCAACCUGGCCAAGGUCUUUGGGCCUACAAUUGUUGGUCAUGCCGUGCCAGAUCCUGACCCUAUGACACUCCUACAGGACACAAAAAGGCAACCCAAGGUUGUGGAGCGGCUGAUCAGCCUGCCUGUGGAAUACUGGAGUCAGUUCAUGAUGGUGGAGCAAGAAAACAUUGAGCCGGCACAUAUCAUUGAGAACUCAAAUGCCUACUCCACACCUUGCACACCAGAUAUGAAAGUGAGCAUGUUGGGCCCGCUUACCACUCCAGAACAGCAACUGGUGAAGACUCCUUCCAGCAGCUCCCUGUCUCAGAGGGUCAGGUCUACAUUCAGCAAAACUACACCAAAAUUUGCAAGCAAAAGCAAGUCUGCGACCAGCCUUGGACGCCCUGGCAACUUUUUUGCUUCUCCAAUGCUGAAAUGAAACAUGGUUUGUGAUUUUGUUCUGUAUGUCUGCUUAGAAUGAACAGCUACAAUAAAACCCAAAGUUGUUCCUUCUUUAUUCCCAGCA